AUGACCAACCCACAAGAAUCCUCUUCGCCCUUUGAACCAGGCGUCUUCCUCCCAGGCGGCCACAACAAUGAUCCCCCACUGCCCGAAUCCAGCCCCACGGCAGGCUACAAACUGAAUCACUCGAUGCUCCGCAUCCGAGACCCCAAACGCUCUCUCCAUUUCUACAUCACAGUCAUGGGCAUGCGUACCGUCUUCACCAUGAACACUGGCCCCUUCACCAUCUACUACCUAGGCUACCCAUCCACAGAAGACGAAAGGUCCGAUCUUCAGUCAUGGGCCGCCAAAACUGCCGACAUCUCGACACUGACGCAGACUUUGGGCUUGCUGGAGCUCUACCACAUCCAUGGGUCCGAUAAGCCCACUGCUGAUGGCGGUUACGAGAUUUCUACUGGUAACUCGCCCCCGAAUCUGGGAUUCGGGCAUUUGGGCUUCACGGUACCUGAUGUGCCGGCGGCGGUGGAGCGAUUGAAGAUGGAGGGUGUGACGAUCUUUAAGGAUUUGGGGGAUAGCUCCAGGGAUUGUGUGCCCUUGAGUUCGUGGGAGGAGAAUCGUGGAGUGGGUGUUGGGGAGAUCCACCCGAACUAUAAGAGGUUUUUCAACCAGAUUGCUUAUGUGGCUGACCCGGAUGGAUAUAUCGUAGAGCUUGUUCCUCAGAACAUGCAAUAG